ACUAAAAGGGAUGUCUCCUCCAGACCGAGAGAGGGUGUGCAUGAGUGGAUUUCAGAUACGUCCACUGCAAUAACCUCCCUUUUUGACCAGAGCGAGGUGUAGCAGUGAGCAUCCAGAUGUCUGGAUGUGACUAUCGGCGGAGGCAAUUUUUUAGAGCUGGUGACCACGCAGGUGGAAAAAACGCCCGAAAUAAACGAUAAAUACAGUGGAGACCGGGGGGCUGUGGAUGCAGAUAACGGCACGACGCGACACCCAUCAGUGUGAUUUGCAGUCCAGUCGGCGUUGGUGGUGUUGAUGGCUGAUUAAUAACCAGUCGUAAAGAAGUGGGGGGGGGGGUUGUGUGUUGCAGGAGGACAGGAGUGAAGGAAUUGAUAGAGGAAGGAAGAGAGAGGAGGAGUGUGUUAAAGAGAGAGAGAGGGGAGUAGAUAAAGCAAGAGCCGGGAUCAUGAGCUCUGCACUGCCUUACGACUCGCUGUCUGCUCGGCCGAGUCCCAGCAGACAAGUUUUGGACUGGGAACGCCAGCAGCUGGCUGUGCGAAGACUUUCCUCUCCACGGGGUCUCGACCUGCUCUCUCCACCUCCUCUUCCUAGUCGACCCUCUGCAAUCCCUGGCUACCUGCUGCCACCCUACCAAGAGCAGGAAGAGCAGCUCCACCAGCAGCAGCAGCGACUAUCCUUGUCCGUGGGUUCAGAGGCCUCCCUGGCACCCCCUGCACCACCACCUGUGGGCGCUGCCCCACCCUGCUGCCGCCCAGUUGGAAUCAUGCACCUCCUGCGCUUGGGUCUCCUGGCCUUCAGCUGCCUCUUCUGGGGGGCAGGUUUGGCCAUCUUAAGCCUAGGUGUUUGGGCACAGAUUUCACUGGCAGACUACAUGUUGCUGUCUGCCAAUCGCUACCCCAACGCCCCGCUCAUCCUUUUGUCCACAGGUGCAGCCAUCACCGCCUGGGGCUUCCUGGGUUGUCUAGGGGUGGCUGCAAACCUCCCCUGCGUGCUCAGGGCUUACGGGUUUUUUCAACUUGCUGCACUAAUAGCCGGUUUGGCAGCUGGACUCUCAGGUCUCUUCUAUCGCGAAGACAUUGCUGGAGGAUUUCGCAGCGGUUUACAGCGAGCGGUGGCCGGCUACACGGAGGAUGAGGGCCGUGCCGAUGCAUUAGACAGCCUGCAGAGGUCCCUGGAGUGUUGUGGAGCUGAUGGUUGGCGUGAUUGGCUCACUUCGGACUGGGCUAUCCAGCAUAUGACCUUCCUGCCCAACGAGAACGGCACUUCUGUGUCCCUGCCAGACAGCUGCUGCGUGAGGCGCAAGGGCUGCAAGAAUCGACCUCUUCUGUCGGAUGAUGUUGAAGGAGUAGCUGCUGCAGGAAUCCAUCCCCAUGGCUGCUUCCGCAAAGUCUUUAGUUUGGUCAACGACAACGUAUUCCACAUUGCCGCCACAGUGUUAGGAUUGGCCUUCACUCAAAUCGGAGGCAUCGCCCUGGCUUGUCUGCUGGCCAAGAAACUGGCACCAAGACAACAUCGACGUGUGGUGGCACAUUAAUGGUCAAGUUAAAAAAUUAGGCAACCCACGCCAAGGAAUUACCAAUUAGUAGAUAAUUAGGAUUGGGAAUGAACUACGCCCUUAAAGAGUAAUAGAGUUCUAAGGGGGGGGGGGGGGGGCUUAUUUUGAGCGUCCAGGUUUCCGGGAUUACAAAGUCUUGUUCAUUUUCUGCACAAUGUCAGGUGCAUUUGGAGGUCUCCAUGGCUUGGAUGGGCAUUAAAAACUCUCCCCACACAAAAUCAGCAACUGCUUUAUGAAAUACAUGGUUAUUUGACAAAACAGUCAAAGAUACAAGCCUGUGUACACAAAAACAAAAAAGGGAAAUCAACUGCAAGUCCUCUUGAGCAUUUUGUUAAGAAACAAGGAAUUACAGAUCUUUUUGCAAGCAUCGCUAACAGCAAGCUGAAGCUAAAGCUGACAUUUUGUAGAAAUCUGAUUCUGCAGUUGAAAUCAAAUUACUUUCAGUUUCGGGUUCAAUUUGGAUGAAUUGAGCGACUAUGGCAAGGUGAAGAAAGCACAAUUUCUCAGAAACUACUCCUUAAAUAAUUAAAACUGAGGAUCAUAACAUAAACCUAUAGUAUUGUUAAAUUAUCUAUAAUACUCCUUUGUUUCUAUAUUAAGGAACAUUAAAGAUAAGAACAUUUGGCAAUUUAGUGGUAAAAAGAAAAUACUUCAGGAACCAGCAUCUCUUCACACUUUGCAACUCUUUGUAUGACUCCGUCUUCUGCACAAUAAAAAAUACUUCUUUGAUUCAUUGUGGAAGGGACGAAUGGGUAGGAUGAGGGGUGUGUCCAUUUGAUACCUGCAAAGGAGAAGUCUGACAUCACAAAUUAGGGUGGGACCGUAAAUCUAAAAAAUUAGAUGGCAGUACAAGGAGACUUUGCUCUCUGAUUUUGUUUCAGAAAUGUUUAAAUGUUGGCAUGGAUUAAUAUGCUUCGUUAUAUAAAAUGUAAAAACGAUUAUUAUUUAGGGUUAAACUACUCUCAUUUUGGUUGAUUUAGCACACCUCAACGCUGAAUGCACAGGAAUGUUCACCAGCAGUUUUCCACUUCAGAUGAUUUAGUCUAGCUGUGUUCAACAGAUGUUCGUAUCUGCAUCAUUUAGUUUUCCAAUCACAAAGACUACACUGUGCUCGAAUGGUGCUUUUGAAAAAGGCUUAAUAAUCUAUUGGUCUGUGGUAUUUUGUGCUGUUUAUAGUCGUCAUUUCCACUGUGUUGAGGUGCUUUGGUAACUUUGACUGCUUAAAAAGUUUCUUCCAAAUGUCUCUGUGUUGCUAAAGUUUGUAUAUUCGGUAGCACAGAAUCGUUUUAAAUCACUGAAUAAUUGUAAAUAGCAUUUUUUACUACAUUGGCAUGACCCAGAUGUUGUGCAUCCCACUACUAGCAUGAAACUUGCUUUUCUUCAACAUCAAACUAAUGUUGACUUAAAAAAAAUAGCUCAACAUGUUAGGAAAUAUCUUUAUUCACUUUCUUGCAUAGAGUAAGAUGACUAAUACCACUCUGAAAAAUAUAAAGCUAAUGCUAGCAGCUGCUUAGCUUAGCCUAGCAUAAAAACUGGAGCAACAGCUAGCCUAGCUAGUUAAUUUUUGUUUAAUCCGUUCAAAAGGAAUGUGAUAAAUAUACACUGUAUAUCUAAUUAGUGAGCUUUAGAGGAGUUGGUAGAUAUAUUUUGUUACCAUUAGACAAAGCUAGGCUAGCAGUUUCCACCCGUUUACAGUCUUUUUGCUACGCUAAGCUAACCAUCUCCGGGCUGUAGCUUUAUAUUUAGCCAGGGCUGCCAACUCUCACAUUGGGGCCAUUUUUAUCACAAGUAAAAGUUUCUUUGUGUCAAGUUUAUUAUUAAAAGGGUUUUUUAGUGUUGCUGCUGAAAUGCAAUGUCUGAUCUUGUAUAUUUGCAGUAUAGUUGCAUUAUUGUGCGCAUAGAUGUGUUUCCAAAUAGGCUACUGAAUGUACCCUAUAAUCAUUCACAAGUAAAUAAAAAAUAUUUCCAUAGGUUGUAAUAAUGCAAACACAGUUUCUGGAGUUGUCUCAUUGAACAGAUUUUGGUGUUUCUCAGGCUUAAUUAUAAAUUCAGCUGUCUGCCACUGUCACCAUAUGUGUGAUAUUUAGAUGUUGAAUUAUUGUGUUUUGAGACUUCAGUGUCUCACAGACGUAAACAUUUUUUGUUCCUCAAACAAACUAUGUAAAGGGUCAGAUCACAUAAUCCCGAUCUAUGAAUGAACAAAAUAUGAAUGUCAUAAGAGUGAUAUCUAUCUUCUUAUUUUACUCUCUGCAGGAACUCAAAUAAGUAUAUUUCCCAAAAUGUAUAGACACUCCUUAGAUGAAUGUGAAAGUGUUUUUUCUCAUAUGAACUUGUUAUUACAUGUGUUUUAAGAUUAUUAUAUGCACUGAGAUGAUACAAAUCCAUUUGCCUUCCUUCCAGCCUCCAUACAUCCCACCUCUCCUAUUCAGGAUAGGCCUUUUUAUUGCUCUUGUAAUUGUAACGUAUGAUAGGCCUAUAUAUAUAUAUGUGUGUGUGUAUAAUGUAUUCUAAUAAUCACCAACCUUGCGAACAAGCAUGACUGAAACUGUAAACUAUAUCUGUCAACAAUAAACAACAAAAAUCUUUGCCUCAUUACAGGUGAUAUUGAUUCGACACUGACAAUGGGAAUGUAAAGGUCUGCUGCCCUUGAAUAUAGGCUAUUAAAUAUAUAAAUGACAAAAGCAUUCUUGUAAUGUUGAUGUAGUGUAGUGUUAACAACAUACAGUACUGCAUUGG